AUGAAACCGGUGCUCAAACAAGAACCUCUGGCAUCUUCAAGCGAGCCAACUUCCUAUAUCAAGGCCGAUCCACAUGCCCAAGGGUUCCCGGCCUUGGCUGAUAUCCCCGGCGUCACAUAUCAUAUAAUAUCGGACUCGCCUGCCAGGACAAUCACCCCUCCUUACGCCCAAAUGACAGUGUCUCCUACUGAAUUGACAACGUACAGUGCGACCUCGAGCUUCUUGAGCCCUACAAUCGGAUUUGAGCGCCAGCCGAGUUCAGCUUACUCCUGGCCUCCUACAAAGUUGGAGUCAGAUGAGGAUCAUAGGUUGAGCGACGUUUUCAUCAAGGUGGAAGAACCACAAGUGGAGGUGGUGAAUGCAAGCAGCGGCGAGGUGGAGUUCUGUGGCAUGUUUGCGCCUGGACUGAAUAUUGCUAGAGAGCAUAAGGGUUGA